AUUUUAGCCUAGAAUGAAUGCUGGAGUAAAGCUAGGCAAGUCAUCUCUCCACAUUCUGUUAGCUGAUAGUCCUCUCCUCCUCAUGUUGGAGUUAUUUUUAUUUUCCCGUCAUUAGUCAAAAGCGAAUAGACUCAUUUGAUGUAGUUCAAUACUGUCUCGCUCCUUCUCUGGGUUAAAGCAUUUUGGAAAUGGACGGUUCGAAAGACGAGGGCAGUGUCAAAACUAUACCAGGUAGCGGCGAGAUAGAUUCAGCAGAGCGGAAGGUAAAGGAGCAGACUGACGGCACGGGAGUUUUAGGAGAACCUCAACCGGAGGACGAUGCUGAUAUUGACAAGAUUCUGGAGGAGUUCCCAAGGGCUACAUCCGCACCCCCCCAGCUGGCAGAAUUGCAGAAAGUUUAUGGCAUUGUUCCAGAUACAGGAGCAUUUGCUGGUAGCGGCGAGGGAGACGUCCCUGUCAAACCGUUCGAAGACAUUCGAAGAGACGAGGACUACGAGGAGUUUUACAAGGUCUACUCCGGCGUGAAAAAGCUCCCACCGCCAGUGGAGAACCUCCAGCUCUACACCGACUCGCCCCGAAAUGCUGCAAGAGAAGGCGAGAUGGGCUCCGACGGCGGUUUCUUUGGCAGCCUGGCGCUUGAUGACAGCAAGCUGAGGGAAAGCAUGGAGGAGAUGAGGCGACUGGACGCGGAGAGGGUGCAGAUCGAGGGAGGGAAUGCCAAUGGAGGAGAGAUGCCUGGUAGUGGUGGCGACGGGACGGACGAGGAGGCGUUUCUGGAGGAAAUGCAGCGGCAGGUGGCUCAGCAGCAGGCGCUGCAGGAACGGGAGCUGUCACGAAAGGCUCUGGCUGAGAAGAGACCAGGUCCAGACGCCUCUGGAGUCACUGGCUUAGCAGCAGCCUUUCAGGGGCUUGGUGUAGGGGGGUCAGCUCAUGCUGCUGAUAACGGAUCGGGACAAGGCAAGGCAGGCUCCCAACAAGGGAGCAGCCCUUCUGCAGCCAAUCACGGCAGUCAAGGCAGCCCCGUGGUAGGGGCGAGUGCCGCAAGCGGCCUCAUGGCUGGAAUGGCUGGCAUAUCUGCUCUGGGUCCCACUGCUGCUGCAGGAACUUCCCUUGCAGGUGCUGUAGGGUCAAAUGGUAUACCACCCGCUCUUGCUGCGAGUCUGCUGGGUGGAGCUGUGGGACUAGAUCCGUUUACAACAGCAGCGCUACUGCAAGCCAUGGGAGGAGCUUCAGGCGCGUCUGGCGCAAGCUUAGAGGGGCUUCUUGCAGCCAUGGGAGGAGGAGGAGGGGGAGCCGCAGCUGGACUGGCAGGAGCAGGACUAGCAGCAGGUGCAGCAGCAGCAGGACUGCCAGCCAAUAUGGACUUAUCAGCGUUAGCUGCAGCAGGCGGCAUUGCUGGGAGCAGCCAAAACAAUGACACGGCUGUGGAGGCAGGGAAGGGCGCAGCAGCGGACGCCAGCACGAAGAAGGCAGGAUCAAGCGCCUCUGGACCAGCUGUUGCCCCCACAGGAGCUACUACUGCUGCUGCUGCUGGUGCUAGCUCCCCUGCUCUAGCUGGCGCUGCAGGAGUGGGGCUGUCAGGGAUUGGUUCUCCGGGGCUAGGAAGCCAGGGCGCUGGGCUUAUGGGACUCGAUGCCCUCCUUGCUCAAGGCGGAGUCGGGCUCCUGCCAGGGAUGUUGCCAGGUGCAGCAGGCAUCGCGCCUUCCAACCUGCACCUGUACGAGCAGCUGCUGCGGGCCAGAGCAGGGGCGCCUGGCGUGGACUUGUAUGGCGGUAUGGGAGGAAUGGCGGCAGCAGCUGCAACGGCUGCUGGGAUGCCAGGCAUGGGUGUGGGCGCACCAGGGGGGGCAGGGCCUCGAGGGGGGUUCGGGAUGGGUAUGGGGCUGGAAGGGUUUGGGUUAGGCGGGCUUGGCGCGCCUAUGGAUGCGUUUUCAGCAGCUGCUGCUCUGCAGGCGGCGAGGAUGUUUCCUGGAGCGAACCCUGCGGAUAUGCUCUCUGCUAUGGGGGGCCUCCAACAGCAGCAGCUGCAGCAGUUGCAGCAGCAGCAGCAGCAGCUGCAGCAAGGAGCGUCGGGACAGGGGGAGAAGGAUUCGAAGGAUAAGGCAGGGAAGGUGCAUACGCCAGGGAUGGCAGCGGGAUCGGAUGUGGAUAUGUCCUCGCUGGUUCAGGCACAGCAGAUGGCCAUGCUCCAGGCUCAGGCGCAGCGGCUGCAGGCGCUGCAGCAGCAGGUGGAGGAGGACCUGCUCAUGCGGCAGCAGCGCCAGCAGCAGCAGCUGCUCUUCCAGCAGCAGGCGUUCCUCCAGGAGCAGCAGCAGCAGCUGCUAGGCCAAGCUGCCAACCUCCCCAUUGGUGCAGCGGCAGCUGCAGCCGCCGCUCAGAUGCUCCGUGGGGGUGCACCAGGCAUGGACCUUUUCGCCCUCAACCCCGGCCUGGCUGGCAUGUCAGGAGGUUAUGGUUUCCCCCCCGCCACAGGCGCGGCAGGCAGUGCCAGCACCGCAUCUGGCGUGUGCAAGUAUUUCUCCCAGAGCGGGUAUUGUGCAAGGGGGGAGUCCUGCCCGUUCCUGCACUCUGUGGGGGGGGUGGGGCUGGGACCGGCGGGUCUGGGUGCUGCAGGGGCGGGAGCAGGAGCAGGAGGAGGGGCCGGCAUUGUGGGCAGUGCACCACAGGGUGUAACAUCGCAGGCUGGUUACCGCGCAGGUGCGGCUCCCUAUGUGUCACCGGACAAAGGAGUCAGGGGACCCCCUCCCGGGUUUUGCAGCAGCCCUGCGGGAGCAUCAAGAGGGGUGGGAGUGGGAGGAAGCGGGGCGCCGGGAAUGCUGGGCCCUGGGGGGGGAGGCGGCGCGUGGAAGCGUAUGGACGGGGGUGGGGCGAAUGGGGCGAAUGGGCUCAUGGGACCUGGCCCUGGUGCGGGACUAAAAGCACCAGGGGCAGGUGGGGUUGGGUCGCCGCCAGUGGGGUCGUUUUCUGGGGUGGGUGGUGGGGGCGAUGGGGGGUUGAUGGGGGUGUAUGGGUCGGGGGGAAUGGGGCUGGGGCUGGGCUCGUCGCAGCACUCCAAGUACGCGUCGCUGGAUGAGGUGGAAGGCAAGAUGGCCGUUAUAGCCAAGGACCAGCAUGGGUGCAGGUUUCUGCAGCGUAAGUUUGAUGAGGGGACAGCGGAGGAGGUGGCGCGCAUAUUUGUGGAGAUCCGGCCGCACAUGGUGGAGCUGAUGACGGACCCCUUUGGCAACUACCUCGUGCAGAAGGCGCUGGAGGUGUGCAGCGACGGACAGAGGGAGGAGAUCCUCGCCAUGGCCACUGAGAACCAGGCGGACCUCGUCAGCAUCUCCCUCAACAUGCACGGCACGCGGUCGGUGCAGAAGCUGAUUGAGACGGUGACGGCGCCCAAAGCUGUGCAGCGGCUGACUUCGAGCCUGGCAAGUGGUGUGGUGAUGCUCAUCAAGGACCUCAACGGCAACCACGUGGUGCAGCGCUGCCUCCAGCGACUCUCAGCGCAGCAGAACGAGUUCAUAUUCAACGCCGCCGUCUCUCACUGUGUGGAGAUCGCGUCGCACCGCCACGGCUGCUGUGUGCUGCAGCGCUGCAUUGACUUUGCGCAAGGCCAGCAGAAGAACCGCAUCCUGGCUGAGGUUGCCUCCAACGCCCUCGUGCUCUCCCAAGACCCCUUCGGCAACUAUGUCGUUCAAUACGUGCUGGAUCUGGGCCUGCCCUGGGCGAUGGAGGAGGUGGUGAUAAGGCUGCAGGGGCAGUAUGCGCCCCUGGCACAGCAAAAGUUCAGCAGCAACGUGGUCGAGAAGUGCCUCAAGCUCGCGCCUGACAACUGCCGGCACCUCAUCAUUCAAGAGCUCGUUGUCUCACCGCUGCUGGGGCAGCUGCUGCAGGAUCCCUUUGCCAACUACGUGGUCCAGUCCGCAUUAACAGUGGCUAAGGGCCCACUGUACACCGCUCUAGUGGAGGCCAUCCGCCCGCACCUGCAGUCCCUGCGCAGCAGCCCCUACGGCAAGCGCAUCCUCGCCCGCACCAACCUCCGCCCAAAGUAGCCCUGCCCUCACCGCCCUCUCCUGCUGCACUUGCACUUGCACACACAGAUAAACCACUUUCCCCACACCAAACCUCCCUUCCAACCCCCAGUAGCCCUGCUCCCGCCGCCCUCUCCUGCUGCACUCACAGACAGCAGGAGUCCCCCUCCCCUCUCUCAUACCAGCCUCCUCCCCAAGUGAAGCAGUCCCCCUCUCCUGCUCUCACGGCCCCAGCUGCAAGUAACCUCCUCCCUCCCUCUACCGCACUCACAGCCCCUAUCCACCCUCUGCCACACACAGCCUUUAACCCUCUUCUCCCCCCGUCACGGCCGCUAGCCUGUCCUACAUCGCUGCCUUCUCUUAUCCACGUACUCACCGUGUACUCCUGCUGUUGUCGGCAUAUCCCUCUCUUGGCAGUCACCUCUCGCCCCCAUCCACCAAUCGCAUUCCUCCACCUGGCUGGCACCCCUUGGGCUGUGCAUCCCGCGAGUCAUCGGCAGGAGCUUCAAGUCGCUUUUGGACGGACUUGCAAGAACACCUGUUCUUCGAAGCACGCACGCUGAGCCCGAACUUGUCUGCUGCUGCCGUGCUGUCCAAGCACCUCCUCACCUCAUCCCCGUCAAGCAUAUUUAUCCUCGCGUGCUGUUCGUUGCACGUUGUGGUAGCCUGCCUGAUGUCAUUCCAUACCUAUCUCUGGCACAUCUCAUCUCAUGCACAUCUGGACUCCAAGCGCAGUUUCCUAUCCCCUCCUCCAACUCGCCUACUCUGCCCCCCUUGCCGCCUUUCUUUCUUGCUUCCUUGCCUGCCACCUUCUGUAUUCCCGCUGUUGUAGUCUGCUGCUCCCAGUCUCUGCAUCCCCUUCCACAGCUCUGUACCUGGCAUGACCUACCAGCAUCAUGCUUUGCUUGACAACCUAUGCAUGUCUGCUAUGCUAUGCUACGGUUCUGCUACCCGGGGAAUUGUAUUUGAGACGUGUUUGUUGUAGUGCUGCUUAUGUUGUUGUGACUCUGGCUUCUCCCUUGUGGAAAGAGAACUCACACUAGC